AUGAUUUUGCCGGAAGUGGCCAUGCGAAUUGCUUCCAGUCUCCGUGAAUCAGAAUUCCCAAACCUUUUGCCAUGGGAGAUGUAUAGGUGUUGCUUGGUUUGUUUGGAAGUGAUUUUUUUUGCAUGGUCGAACGCGCUUUCUUAUUGGCUCAGACGUCCUCACGAAUCCAGCAUUGAUCGGUGGACACAAAGUCCCUCCAAAAAAGCAUCGGAAUCACGAAUGAUGGGGCUGCUUCGGCUUCGAUGCUUGUGGUUGUUGAUCUUUGGAGUUUAUGGAUCUCACUUCUCCACCAGAUCAGACUUACGAGCUGCGCUGCUCCAGUGGCACAAUGCGAACGAGGCCACCAAGUUGCAGCUGACCUCGUUGUGGGGAGCACCUGGUGAAUGGAACGUGUCAUCGGUGACCAACAUGAGUGGUCUUUUCAAGGACUUGGAUGUCUUCAAUGAGAAUAUCAGCGCAUGGGAUACUUCGAAGGUACUGGAUAUGAGUUCCAUGUUCCAUGGAGCCGCUGCAUUCAACAUGCCCAUCGGCAUGUGGAACACAUCAAGUGUGAAGACAAUGCACAAAAUGUUCUACAAGGCUUCCAGUUUCAAUGAGCCCAUCGGUGCUUGGGACACGUGCAAAGUGAGAAGCAUGAAGGGCAUGUUCUACAAUGCUGUGAAGUUCAACCAACCCAUUGGAUUCUGGAAAACCUCUGCAGUCACAGAUAUGUCGUUCAUGCUGUGUGGAGCCAGAUCCUUUGAUCAGCCGAUCGGUGCUUGGGACACAGGCAAUGUCAAGAACAUGAUGAACAUGUUCACACUGGCAGCGGUCUUCAACCAACCCAUUAAUUCGUGGAAUACCUCUGCUGUGACGAACAUGUCCGCAAUGUUCGUAGGAGCCGUGUCUUUCAACCGGCCCAUUGGUGGGUGGAACACCUCGCGGGUGAACAACAUGAGCUACAUGUUUGAACAAGCUGACACCUUCAAUCAGCCGUUGAAUCAUUGGGACACUAAGGCUGUUACGAGCUUCUCUGGCAUGUUCUUCCGUGCCAAAUCCUUCAACCAGCCCGUGGGAAUGUGGGAGACAUCAUCAGCCACAGACAUGAGAGAGAUGUUUGCUGGGGCCCAAAGUUUCGAUCAGUCCAUCUCAACAUGGAACUUGACAUCGAUCGCUGAUGCACAGGCUAUGGCCGAAGUUUUCACGGGUUCAGGCAUGUCCACAUGCAUGGUGAGUCGCAGUUCCCAAGCUUGGGGUUUGCCGCCUUACAGCAUUAGACAGACUUGGUCAUAUCAAUCCUGUGACAAAUGCCCUUGUCAAAGAACGAACUUGGCCUGCGUGGAUGAAGCCUGUCGACCAGUGAACUCCGCUUCAUUGAGCUGGGCCGAGGUGUCUGGGACGAUCGAAAUGCAAGUCUGA